GGGGGUGAAACACCCUCGACCUAUUCUCAAACUUUAAAUAGGUAAGAUUUCGGGGUUGUAUAAGCGAACCCCGAGGAUCAAUGAAAGCUCCAAGUGGGCCAUUUUUGGUAAGCAGAACUGGCGAUGCGGGAUGAACCGAAAGUCGAGCUACGGUGCCAAACUGCGCGCUAACCCAGACACCACAAAGGGUGUUGAUUGAUACAGACAGCGAGACGGCCCUCGUGGCCUGUCCGAUCCAAGCGAAAGACAUUGUCAUGUGGGGAGUUUGGCUGGGGCGGCACAUCUGUUAGAAGAUAACGCAGGUGUCCUAAGAUGAGCUCAACGAGAACAGAAAUCUCGUGUGGAGCAGAAGGGCAAAAGCUGAUUUGAUUUUGAUGUCCAGUACGAAUACAAACUGUGAGAGCAUGGCCUAUCGAUCCUUUAGCGUUUCAGGACUUGAAGCKAGAGGUGUCAGAAAAGUUACCACAGGGAUAACUGGCUUGUGGCAGCCAAGCGUUCAUAGCGACGUUGCUUUUUGAUCCUUCGAUGUCGGCUCUUCUAUCAUUGUGAAGCAGAAUUCACCAAGUGUUGGUUUGUUCACCCACCAACAGGGAACGUGAGCUGGGUUUAGACCGUCGUGAGACAGGUUAGUUUUACCCUACUGAUGCACCGCCGUCGCAAUGGUAAUCCAAGCCAGUACAAGAGGAACCGUUGGUUCGCACAAUUGGCAAUGGUGCUUGGCUGAAAAGCCAGCGGUGCAAUGCUACCUGGAGUGUCGCCGGGAAGGGAAAGCGUGCGUGCCCGAACUGGAUAGGGAGUGGUGGCGGGGGGAGACGAGUGGAGGACGGGCGGAUGAGGCCCAGUCGCCGUCCCUCCCCCCGGAGGAGGAAGCAGGUAAGGUGGAGAUAUUGGAGGGGAAGGGGGAAGACAGUCAGGGCAGACUCGGUGGGCAGGCACUUCGGAGUUCGGGGGGGGAGACAGGGCAAACCAAGGAGGUGCUGAGUGAGUUUGGGGGGGAAUGUAAGCAGAAGGGGCAGGUGGGGCUGGAUGAGAUCAGUCCAGGGAAAGUGCCGGAGGACAUUAAUGAGGCCAAUGGAUGGUCGAAUGAUGUGGAGGUAGUGGCAUCUUCGGGAAGGAUGGAUGAAGGGGGAGGGGGGGGGAACAGAAAGGAAAGCACGCCAGGGGGGAAGGUCGGGGAGAGUGAGGUGCUCCCAGGGGGAGGGCAGGCAUGGGGAGAAGACAAGCAAGUGAUGCUCGACUGUGUGCGGGCCAGCACAUUAGAUAGGAAGGUCGGGGAGGAGGAGACGGCGGGGGGGAACAGCAAGGAACGCACGCCAGGAGGAAAGGUCGGGGAGAGCGAUGCGCUUCAAGGGGGAGGGCAGGAACGGGGAAGGACGGGAGAGAGUGAAACGGGUGCGGAGUCAACGAAUGUGCAUAUCCCGGUCCCGGGGGGGGCGAAAGAAGGCGAAUUGGACGACGUGGAGGUGGUGGACCUCGCAGCUAGCCUGUCGGCCCUUUCCCCCCCCCCCCCCCCUCCUCCCCCCUCCCACAAAAGUGAGCCCACUGCUGUGACAUCGGACAGUGGGUCGGUGGGCAUGCCGAGACGUCGGCGGAAGCAGCUGACCUCGGGUCUGCCCAUAUCGAGCCCCGCGGAGGUGGGAAGUUCCUUACAGCAAGCAACAGUGGCGAUCCAGUCCGAUCGAGAAGAGGAGCGACGCGAGCUGCAGGCACGGGUGGACGCAAAGCUGAAGAGGCGGGAUCGGUCCCACUCCCCGGCUGGUCGCAAGGUGCAGCCGCUUAAAGACGAAGACCGAUGGGUGUCCCCGCAGCGAAGACGCAUUGAAGAAGAGGAGUUGCAGAAUAAGGUGGCCAAGGAGGGGCUGGAGGAAGGCAUGGAGGACGAGCAACCCCGCCAGCCUGCCCCGGAUUUGGAUGAGCCCAUGACAGGGGAUGAAGGCGGGGACUCGACGGAUGACAGGGGCGGAGCGAUGGAUGAGGACAUGGAUAUCAACGAGGGGAUGGAAGCAGAUAUGGAUAUUAAUACAACGGUGAAGGGGUCGCUACAGGAAAUAUUGGCAGCCGGGGAGUGUUAUGUCUGCCCGGUGAUGCUGUGGUGGGCGGAGCAAGGCAUUAAGGUGGUCACGAAAGGCAGUACGGAAUUCUUCAUUUAUGCGGCGCGCUCCCUCCCCAAGAACCCGAAUAUUACUAGACAGGCGAGGCAAGAGACUACGUUGGGGAUUUUGGACUGUGUAACGGACUUCUAUGCAGAUCUGUUUACGGAGGAGGAGGGAUGGACUGUGGAGCAGAUGGCAACGGCCCCGCAGGAGCACAUUUGGAGGCACGUCCCGCUUGGCCUCACUGAGGAGCAGGCGCAGCCUUUGGAGAUGGACAUCACGCUAGAAGAGGUCCUUAGGGCGAUUGGAGAGCUGCCAAGACUCAAGGCGCCGGGGGUGGAUGGAGUCCCUAUUGAAAUGUAUAAGGCACAUAAUCAUUUCUUUGGUCCACUCCUCACGUGGGCCUUCAAUGAGGCUUUGCACGCGGGACAUCUCCCGGAAGGCUUUGCAGACGCCUUUGUUGUGCUGAUCUAUAAGAAGGGUGCCCGCGAGGAUGUCAGGAAUUGGCGCCCGAUAUCAAUCCUCAAUGCUCCCUACAAGAUCCUCGCCAAGGUACAGUCGAACCGGCUCAAUGAGGUGCUGCCACGUAUUAUCAACCCCGCCCAAGCGGGGUUUGUUCCGGGAAGGCAGAUUGUUUCGAACAUUACGCUGGCUAGACAGGGACUGCAGUUGAGACAAGACAUGGUCCUCAAGUCCACUGCCUUUGCAGAUGACACCGGUGCAGUCAUCCCUCCUACCACACAGCAAUUAAGGCGCCUCCAAAUGGAUCUGGAAUUGUUUUCACUAUACUCAGGAGCCAGGGUGAAUUGGCGGAAGUCGCAGGCCAUCCUCCCACAGGGCUAUAUUGCCCCAGAAGGCUGGGAUGUGCCCACCUUGGCGGAUGGUGAAAACCUGUGUUUUUUGGGGGCCCUGAUUCACCCGGUGGGAGGGGGUGCUCAGCAGAUGGAAGGAUUGGCAGUGGCAGCAAUUCUGAGGCUGGGGCGAUGGGCGAAGAGGACGCAUCUGAGAGUGUUUGGCAAGGCCCUCGUCCUUAAAAAUUCAGUGCUGUCCACGAUGUGGUAUGCUGGGGCCAUCCACAUGCCGAAGAGGUGGGUUUUCCGGCAGUUGCGGGCAGCGGUGCAUAGAUACCUGUGGGCGGGAGAUGUGGAAGCGGAGUCGGUAAUCCCCAGGGUGGCUUGGUCGAAGCUCACCCAGCCCAGAAGUCAAGGGGGGCUGGGGAUCUUGGACCCAGAACUGCAGAUGACGGCGCUUCAACUGCGCAACCUGCUGUGGUUUUUGUUGGGGACGGCGGGCACAGCGUGGGAGAGCCUUACCACUCAGCAUUUGGCCCUGGCGCUUGGCAUGACAUAGCAAAUGGUCCUAGUGGCGCUGGCCAGCCCAGGCCUC